AUGACGCAGUUUCUCAGAAAGUACCAGUCAGUCAACAUCAGCACCAACCUGUAUGUGAUCAGCCAGCCAUGGCUCUACACUCUGGCCUGGUGUGCCGGAGCUCAGUCCGUAACCACCAACUCCAUCCACAUCCUGUCCAAAAUCAAAACGCCGCUCUUCCUCAUGACUCCAGAGGAAUAUAGUUUGAUGUGGAUUCUGACUGAUGCUGUGUCGGCCGUCCUCAUCAUUGCAGUUUUCGUAUUCCAUUGGUGGAGAGAGAGAGGACUGCCCUUCUGGUCCGGCAGCCGUCAGACUCAUGAGAACGGACCGUACAGCAAGUUUAGGACGGAGCUGAGUGACGUUUGGUCCAUCUCCAGUGUCAACGUCCGGCCUGACCUACGGAGCACUCCUAAUUCACCCAGUACCCCUCACCUGCCCACCAUCACAGAGGAGUGACUGGGAGAGAGAGAGAGAGAGAGAGAGAGAGAGACUGAGAAAGUGAAUGAGAGAGGCAGAAAGAAAGUCUGUGGGCCGACUGCUUGCAGGAACUGAAUCGCUGAACCAAACCUCAUUCACUGAUCUGCCAUCAGGGACGGAGCAGAGACACUCUGGACAUGAGGACCAGGAGCGACAGUGUCCUUUUCCAUACUGUAAUCUCAUAAAUGCUAUUAAAGACCCUGGGCAGUAAGGACUGUUGAACACCACCGCCCAAAGGCUGACAUGCUUGAAAAUUUUCAUCAUUCAACAUCACCAGCUGCGCUCAACAACACAAGAAAUUAAACCUCACAAAAGAAAGAAGAAACCAAUGAAUAUAUACUGCUGUAGUAAUACAUGAGUUGCUUUCACUCCUUCUGUCUCGUGUUUCUAGUUGAUAAAAACCAAAUGUUUGUCAAAUGAGGAGCGACAGAGAGGCUUGAACCAGGACAUGAUGAUAAAACAGACUCUUAUGGACAUUCAUUUUCAGCUGUACAGAUAUCAGGUGCAUUAGACCAAACCUUAAACCAUGUCUUAAAUUUUAAUCUCUGUCUGUGAGUUGUUGGAUGCAGUGUAUGAACUGUACACUGCUGGACUGACAGAAUGAAUGUAAACCUGAGGCUUUAGAAGGAAUUGUUGAUAACUAUUUAUGUUUUGUACUAAAGUGAAUGUAUUAUCAAGCAGGGCCGUGUUUCUCAAAAGCAUAUGAGGAAUGUUCUGGCUGGAAGUAAUUCCUGUUUGGCUUCAGAUUUGUGCCAAAUGUAGUAUCAGCUGCUCUAAAUAAAGAUAAAGAUGCUUUUGAGAAACCAGACCUUGUUACUCUUUUUACAAGGCAGUGAAAACAGCAUCUGCUUUUUUCCUUCAAAUAUACGCACAAAGUACUUCUGGAAGUAUGACUAUGUAGUCCGUCUGUGCUAUGUUGUCCUAACUUAAACUGAUUUUAGAUCUGAAAUCCAGAGUGUCUUGUCUCAACUUUACAGGUGUGAAAUCCAUGAGGUAAGGGGCCUUGAUUUUCUGAGGGGUUUUGCCAGUUUGCUGCACAGUGUUGGAGAUGAAGCGGGACUUGCUGCAGUAAGUGCCAUUUAAAAACAGUCACUGGCUUUAUUUUCACUGUUUAGAAUCAGAAUCACUUAAUCCGUAAAGCACAGUAAUAUAUAGUAGUAUAUCCUAAUUUAUUUAGAAAAUGUAACUAGUUUCUGACAGUGUUCCUUGGAUGCACAUCCAUAAAUUGUAAAGAAUUAUUGUGACGCAGCUCACAUUAUAUUUACCAGUAGUCAGACCCACCAGUAGUCAGCCAA